AUGGAAAACGAGCAACUCUUUGCGAGCGAGCCCGAGCUCGACGCGCGGGCACGCGCUCGUGCAACUCCUACAGAGACAGACGCGCUCCUAUCUCCCUUGGCGUCCGGGGAAUCCCCGCCAGAGCAUGCCCACGACCGACCACGAUGGAGGAGACCGAGCAUUUGGUGGCUGUUGCCAUUCAGCCUGCUAUUCACGCUGGGACUGGGCGGAAUGGCCGUGCCCAGAAUCAACCUGAUCAUGUCGCUGAUUUGCCGAGAUUACUUGGCAGAGAAGUCAACCCAAGACCCUGGGUUUACUUUCUUCCCUGUUAUAUUCGGCGAUGAUAACAGCCAAUGCCAUAUCCCGCAGGUUCAAUCACUUGUCGCGCAGUUCCAGCUGUAUCUCAACCUCAUCGCGGGUAUACUAUCCGCAUUAGUCAGUCCCAGACUCGGCCACUUAUCCGAUCGAUAUGGAAGAACCAAAAUGAUUGCAAUGGGCGCAAUGGGAGCGGUAUUCAAUGAGAUCAUCACUGCGAUUGUGGCUACCUGGCCUGAGCAGAUGUCGGUCAACUGGCUUCUUGUCGGAGCCAUACUGGAUGGAGUGGGCGGCUCAUUCACAACUGCCCAGGCUCUGUGCCAUUCUUAUGCCUCAGACUGCACGCCCAUCGAGAAGCGAAGCGUGGCCUUUGGUUUCUUUCACGGCACUCUAUUCUUCGGAAUCGCGGUUGGGCCUGGUGCCGCGGCGUUUAUUAUCAAGUACGCUGGGGUUCUACCCAUAUUCUACAUUGCGCUUGCGCUGCAUGCUAUGUUCUGCGUGUCAGUCCUCUUUAUCGUUCCUGAAUCCUUGUCCAAAGAGCGACAGCUCGCUGCUCGCGAAAAGCACCGGUUGAAACCCGUGGAUGUUGAUGCUCCGAGGUGGUACUCUUGGCGUAUCUGGAACCCGAUGAAUUUGAUCACGCCUCUUGCCAUCCUUACCCCCGCGGUUGGAAGACCAAGCGUAUUGUUCACUAAUCAUCGUGGUGCCAGCCCGGCUCUGCGGCGAAAUAUUGUGCUGUUGGCAGCCAUCGACACCAUUAUUUUUGGAAUUGCAUUGGGCAUUGCUCAAAUUAUCAUUAUCUAUGCUGAGUAUAUGUUCAACUGGGGCAACGUGGAAUCCAGUAUCUUCAUUGCCAUCAUUAACGCUUCGCGUGUGAUCAAUCUGUUCGUGGUGCUCCCAUUAAUUUCGCGGCUCUUCCGCACCCCAGUCAAGAAUGAUGGCAGUAUCCGAGGCUCUGAUAUGCUGGAUGUUGUUCUCAUCCGCUUUUCAGUCGUUUUCGACGUGUUGGGCUUUGUUGGGUUUGCCCUGUCCAAGCAUCCAUCAGUAAUGAUCCUUUCUGGCGUAGUCGCCUCUCUUGGUGGCAUGGGAUCAGCCAUUCUGCAAUCAUCGCUCACAAAGCAUGUGCCCCAUGAAAGGAUUGGACAAAUGCUUGGUGCUACUGGUCUCUUACAUGCUCUUGCUCGGAUCGUUGCGCCGACUAUUUUCAAUCUAAUCUACAGCGUGACUGUCGCAACCAUGCCCCAGGCAGUCUUCGUGUUCCUUGCGGGCAUUUUUGGAGUCGCGUUCAUCGCAAGCCUGUUCGUCAGGCCACAUGUUACCCUCGAGAGAUCCGAGUUUGAGUCCGCAGAUAUACGAGUUGAAGCAAACGACGAGGGUGAUGAUGAGGAUGACGCUCUUUUGAGAUAG